GUGGCUGGAGCGAGCCUCGACAACUAGAGUUGCCACAAAAGCAUAAGGUUCAAUUCAGCUAGUACUUAUUCUCCAGAGGGCUUUGGCUUGGGUUUAAUUACCUCGUAUCCCAGCAUCUGCCGCUGUCCGGAAAAGUCAGCAAACCUCUCCAGUCCAUGCCCCUCUCGAGUCUCGACUUACAAGAAGAGAGAAAUUCUGGAAUCAACCCCGCCAAACCUUGAUGGUUGAGCAGGGUGGUCUGUGCUCACCCGGUCCCAGCAGUGUUCUGCCAAGCCAUCUGCGGCUGCCUUUUUAGCGGGUCCCUUUGUCAUCCAUGCCCGCUGCCAGCCGUCGCCAUUGAUCACUCCAAGUUCUUUGACAGAGGUUAACUUUUGGCAUUGACAACGAACAACCACCGACCACUACCCAAGUAUCGACGACCACUUCUCUCAUAUCCGCCGCCGACCGGGUUCAGCCAAGGAGUUUUCGAAGAUCGAUCGAUUUACGCCAGAAUCUCGCUGCCGAUUACUCCGUCGCGCCGCCAUCUUCAGUCGCGCUCUUGAUGACGACUUGAGCCAUCGAUUGCAUCUUUCUUUCGCGGGCCUCCUCCGUGCUACCAUCGGCGCAUUGACGCGCCUUCCAGUCGUCCACUCAUCCCAUCGACUUUCACAAGUCACCACACAAUGAGCGCGCCACAGCAGCAACCGCCUGGGCCUCCCCGUCCCCCAGGCGCUGCCCCAACUUUCAUCCGCCGCAAACCCAACACAGACCCCUUGAGAGCGAGAGUAAAACCCAGAGCCAAACCCCUCCACGCCUUACCCCCAAAGGGCAAAGAGGCCAAAAGGUUGGUCGACUCCUCCGGCGAGCUCGACAAGGAAAUCGAGAGAGAAUACGCCAGCAAGGUCGAGCAGCUGCGUCAACAGCGCGCACGGCAUGGUGGCUGGUCAGAUCAACCCACCGGCAGCAUCCAGGAGUUCCCUCUUGUCCUCACCAAGAAGGCUUUCCGCGAAGGAAUUCGCCACCAUGUCAUGCGGUUGCACAAGCAGAUGGGUGGAGCAGAAGUCGACAUUGAUUUGUUGAAUCAGGACCAAUUUCCCCGACCCGUCACAUUGCACCGUCGCGACCCGCGCCUUCCUCCCGCUUAUCGGAUGGCUAUGAAGCAAGACGAUGUCCCAAUGGACCCCGAGCAGCAAGCUGAGAUGGACCGCAUCCAAAAGAUGAAGGCUGACAAGGAGGCCCAACGGGCCCUUGAUCAAGCCCAGAUGGCCCCGGUCAUUAAGGACAACAACCCAAAGCCGAAGACAAACAACAAGAAGGAGAAAGCUUCCGCCUUUUACGGCAAGCACUCCGACGCCCACAAGAAGCAGUCCGGCCUGCGCUACGAGGAGACACUUCCAUGGCAUCUUGAGGAUGCCGAGGGCAAGGCCGGCGUGUGGGUUGGCUCUUAUGUGGCCGGUCUUUCAGACAGCAACGUCGCGUUCGUUAUUGACGGCGCGCGUUUCCGCAUGAUCCCCUUGGAGCGGUGGUACAAGUUUGACGAGAAGCCAAGAUUUGACACCCUCUCGCUCGAUGACGCUGAAAAGCUCAUGUACGAGGUCAAGGAGGUCAAGCGAUGGGUCAUGAAGGACAAGGAGAGAGAGGAAAGAUUGCGGGAGAAGCUGGAGACGAGAAUGUUCCUCAACGGCCCUACCAGGGUCAAGACUGAGAGCGCCACUUCUCGCGCCGCUCGUGGAUCCGAGAGACAGGAUGACUACGAGUUGGAUAUCUCUGGCGACGAAUUCCAAGAUGAUGACGAGACUCCUGGUUUUGAGGCGGAUGAUGAGGACGCCAAGGAGUCGAAGGAGCGUGUUCGCAAAGAACAGCUGGCUUCCAACUUGUUCGGUGAGGGUGAGGAAGACAAGGUUGAGAAAGAGGAGAGGGAGAGGCAAUUGGAGAAGCUGAAGAGAAAGAUGAUAGGAAAGCAGACGAUCAAGGGAUUGGUGAAACUGGAGAAGGCGAUGGACUACGACGACAUGUCCGAGAGCGACUCUAACAAUCCGUUUACGGACUCUUCGGAUUCCGAUGACUCCGACGAGGAAGAGAAGAAGGAAGAGGAGAAGAAGCCUGAACCUGUCACUUCGGGGUCUAAUACCAAGGGGAACACCACGCCUUCCAAGAGCGCAAUUGCCAAUAAGAAGGGCAAGUUGAAGCGGGCUGGUUCACCGGAGAUGUCGGAGUCGAGCGACAUCGAGACGGCCCGGAAGAAGAUGAAGACUGGCAAGGGGUCUAGCGUGCCGAGUCGGAUGGGCACUCCUAUUCCUGGCCGGCCGAAGGUCAUGCCGGGGGCUACGAGUGACGGGGAGGCUACCGGUGGGGAGGGGUCUGAUGGCGGUGCGAUGCUGAAGAAGAAGUUCAAGAUGAAGGCGCAGCGGCCUGGUGGGACGCCUUCUGGUUCGAGGGCGGGCAGUCCUGCUCCAGCCGGUCAAGCCUCCAAGACGGGCACCGCAACGCCCAGCGGCUCGCCGCCUCCGUCCUCGAAGCCGGUUGCUAAGAUCACGGCGCAGGAGUGCUACGAGGCGCUGGCCCGACACACGAACGGCAUCGCGCUCGUGCCGUUCAUGUCGCAGUUCAAGCACCGGAUUGACAAGCCGGGGUCUACUACGAGGCAGGAGUGGAUCCACAUGGUCAAGAGCUUUUCUGACUUUCAUCAUGAGACGAAGUUGCUCAAGGCGAAGCCGGGGUGGAGGCCUACUUAGGCAUUGUCGUUGAGUUUUUGUAUAACACUGUUGAGUUUGGGAGGGGAUAACGGCUUAGCACUAGUGAUCAUAAAAGGCAAGAUGCUGAUGAAAAUGGGAGGAUGUUUUUCUGCGGGUUAUGGAGGUUGUUAUGUAAGGUACUUGGGAUGAAUACUUUGGGGCCCGAAAUCUGGGCUGGAGGAGCUGGCUUGGGGCUAUCAGCGAGUUGUUUUUUUGUUUUUCCUUUUUUUUUUCUUUUUUUUUUUUCUUUUUACUCGCUUUGCUUUUCUCUAGAUCGAGGGAUAGGCAGAGAGGCCGAGCAAAUUAUUUUUGUAAAAUUGAAAGGAUGCUGG